GGACUUCAGUUCACAAACCUCGGCCUCGAGUUAGCUCCGUGUCCCGCUGGAUGAGAGGCAUGUAAACGCCGCUCCUCCGCCACCGCUCAGCGGAGACCGAGGCCUACACAGCCGUUUAAUUAACGAACGUGGCUCCGUUCACAGAUGUGUUAGAAAACACUCGCCCCCCUCUCCCUUACCCCCCGCCCUGCAGACCCCCUUUAGACGCGUCCUAGCGCUGAAAUCCAGACCUUAAACACUUCGGCGCAACACAUGUCCAUGUAAACUGCAAUUUAACCGCUUGUGCUGCCGUUAAGUGGCUCCGAAAAAGCUCUGAAGCGGAGAACAGGGUGGCCGCGAUCGGCCCGACGGUGGGGGUGGUGUCGGGAGAGCGAGUGAAAAAGAGACGAGAGGCAGAAAAACUUUGGGUUUAAUGUUGGAUUUCUGCGAACGAUCGGAUGAGUGUUGAAGUGGAGAGAAAGUUCAUAUGCAGUGCCGACACUCUGAAGACACUGGAGGAGAUCGGGGUCUGUGUUGGUCAACGUCAGUUUCACGACCAGUACUUUGACAACCCUCAGUUUGACCUGACGCUGAGAAACAUGUGGCUGCGUAAACGUAAAGGAUGCUGGGAACUCAAGUGUCCAACAGCAGCAGUCAGUGGGACAGAAGAGAUAAGUGGAGAGCAUAGUGAGGUGGCAGCACUGUGUACUCGCUACAAGGAGAUCACAAACCUGCAUGAAAUUCAGCUGAGAGUGAUGGAGGUUAUCAAAGAUGUUUGUGAGGACAGAGACGCGGAGACAGACUCCUCACAGCAGGAGUCCUGGCUAAGAAAAAUGAAUCUGUCAUGCUUUGCAGAGUUUACAACAGUGCGGCGGUCAUUCACUUUAGAGGAGGAGGGGGUGCACAUAGAUCUGGACCAAGCUGACUUUGGCUACCAUGUGGGGGAGGUAGAGGUGGUCAUACCUGAGGGAGGAGAUGUGCAGGCUGCCCUGGAGAAGAUUGAGAGAACAGCUCAAAAGCUGGGUCUGACUGGGCAUCAACGAGUUGAAGGAAAAAUGCAUAUUUACCUCAAAAGAUAUAACCCUGCACACUACACCAAAUUAAAAAGUGUGCACAUCUUGUAAGAGAUCAGAGACUGUGUGAAACAUUUGCACUUUAGUGUCUUGAAACUGUUGUUUUUAUUUAUUAAUUCAAGAUAUUCCCUGCAUUUAAGACAAAAGACCUUUCCGCUCCACCUGCACUUUUUUGUCUUAUGUACUGCAAAUGUUGUUUUUAAGUCUGGUUAUAACAAUGAAUAUAUGAUUAACUGUUAACACAUAAUAAAUGAGUUGACACACUGA